CUGGCUCCCACCAUGAGCACUGAGCUCAACGUGCCUGUGGACUCCUCCACUUCUGCCUGCUCUGAGCCCUGCCACAAGGGCAUGGAUUACCGGGACUGGGUCCGCCGCAGCUAUCUGGAACUGGUCACCUCCAACCACCACUCGGUGCAGGCCCUGUCCUGGAGGAAGCUCUAUCUGAGCAGGGCCAAGCUGAAGGCCUCCAGCAGGACCUCAGCCCUCCUCUCAGGCUUCGCCAUGGUGGCCAUGGUGGAGGUGCAGCUGGAGACGCAGUACCAGUACCCGCGGCCGCUGCUUAUCGCCUUCAGCGCCUGCACCACAGUGCUGGUGGCCGUGCACCUGUUUGCACUGCUCAUCAGCACAUGCAUCCUGCCCAACGUGGAGGCCGUGAGUAACAUCCACAACCUCAACUCCAUCAGCGAGUCGCCGCAUGAGCGCAUGCACCCCUACAUCGAGCUGGCCUGGGGCUUCUCCACUGUGCUCGGCAUCCUGCUCUUCCUGGCUGAGGUGGUGCUGCUCUGCUGGAUCAAGUUCCUCCCCGUGGAUGCCAGGCGCCAGCCCGGCUCCCUGCCUGGCCCUGGUGGUCACACGGGCUGGCAGGCGGCCCUGGUGUCCACCAUCAUCAUGGUGCCCGUGGGCCUCAUCUUCGUGGUCUUCACCAUCCACUUCUACCGCUCACUGGUGCGCCACAAAACCGAGCGCCACAACCGCGAGAUCGAGGAGCUGCACAAGCUCAAGGUGCAGCUGGACGGGCACGAGCGCAGCCUGCAGGUGGUGUGACGGCCGGCGGGGCUCCUGGGCCGGGUGGGGCCCUGCAGCCAAGCAAGAGCUUCCUGUCUGUGCUAGGGGAUUUCAGAAAUGCAGGUGGUUAACCAGGCUGCUAGACACUGCCAGAUAGUUCAAGACCAAAGUCUUACUCCUGUCUUAAUGCUGUAAUAACCUGGAUAAUUUUCCAUCAGAAAAUGGAACUCUUCAAACAAGAGACUGUUGCUAAGAGUUUAAGGGGAAAGAAAGGCUGAUUCCUCGGCCUUGAGAACUUCCUGGGUCAGGGACAAAGUAUAGAGGCUUGAGGGGGAUCUGCCCACUGGCACUGCCAGGAAGGGCUCCAAGCAGCACCCAGUGGUCAAUGGCAAACUCUACUUGGACACGCAUGGCCAGCAGGGUAGGGAGCUGGCAGGGGCAGGGCCGUGAGUUCAUAGAAGGGAUUGCCCUGGAAGACCUGAGGUGGGCUCAUGGCUGCUGGGUAACAUGUUUGAUGGUGAUUGGACAGGACCGUGGCGACUGAUGGGUGCAGGAUUACAGCCAGGCUUGGUGCUUCCCUCCCCGCCCUGGAGGAGUUGGUGGCCUGGCUUGUGGGGCCUGGGCACACAUCGGCUCAGCAG